AUGACUUCUUUUCCUAUCCGGAUUGGACCCAGCGACUUUCUCUUCUACGGAAAAGAGUCGUCUACCCUAAGAAUUCAUGCUGUUCAUAGUGAGCCACUCAUGGUAAUACUUCAGACCAUACUACGGCAAGCCAAUUUAAGUUAUGCCUUGGAGAAGAACGACUCUGUUGUCCCCGUAAAGGUCGAGCCCUCUGCACUAGUCAUGAAUCCUGAUGACAGGAAAGCGAUUGCUAUUAGCUUUUCUCCUGCGCAUAUCAGUUCUUUUGCAAUUGGAAAGAUCCUUGUUAAGGUUGCUAAGCUUCAUACAGAAGAGGUGAUUGGCACGUAUCAAGUGCCAAUCCUUUGCCUAGCAGCGUGUGUAGACCUAAACUAUGAACUCUUUCAGUCGACUAGUGAUGGAACACACGGACUAACAGUCAUAAACACAGGAAACUCCCAUGGUUUUGUUUGUACCCGUAACUUCCAUGGCUCAGAUAUUGGGAUCAUAUCCCCUGGGGAGCGCAUCUUUUUGCCUACACUAUCAGACGCAUCAUCAUUGUUUAUGGCACCAGUGCUUGUUCACGCACUUGCAUCUCUACUUACAGAUGACGCGCUUUUUCGCACUGGUAUGCAUACAGAUGUCAUUGCUAGCCUUAAAGCAGAAUUUCCAGAGUCAAUUAAGGCCAGCAUGGGCACAGCUCUGGAUGACAUAACGAAAAUGGCAUACUCUCUUUAUAGCGCAUACACUUCCUAUCCAUUUAAAAGCGACUUACUACGUUUUCUUAUCAACCAUUGCGUUUGGUACAGCUACAACAACGGAAAGCUAGAUGAAAAGCCCAUCUGGAUCAAUACCAGGAUGCUACCUAAUCAUUGUACCACUGAGCUAUCUGGAUCCUCGAUUGGAGAAAGCGUUGAACCGCAGCUAUUGUCUUCUUCAGACCUGUCUGUUACUUUACAGCCACUCGCCAACUCGACCCGCCCCAUAGGAGGUAUAAAUGACCGAAUGCUUAGCUCUUCAGACUCUGUAUCUAUUCGCACACAUUUUGCUGACCACGCCCCCGGUAGACCACCUGUGAUUCCACCAGCGUCGACCUCCACCCUUGAGCCUCGAAGACUAGUGAUUGAAAGCGGCUAUAACCUAGUUAGUAACAGUGAUGAAUCACCGGAUACUCGCGUACACCAAGCGGCACCGAAGGCAGUCACUUCUUAUCAGCCUAGUAGUCUGUGCAAAUCUAACCUACCCCCUUCCUCGACUACUUCUGAACUAUCAGCAACUCGAGUUGUUGCUGCUCCUUCUGCACAUGCAGAUAUUUUAUAUUCACCCAAGAAGCCACCCUCAAUCACAUCCCCACAGUCACAUACUGAGUGUAAAGCCAGUUGUCUGGGGCAGACUCCAGCCUUGGAAACUUCACCUAACGAUCUACACAGUGUUACUGCACAAUCUGUUUCUCGAAUAAAGUCGCCGUCCAGUUCUGCCAUCAAUACUUCAAUAUAUGGCGUGACCCAGCCACAUACCUCGUCUACCCCCAGCUCUGCCACCCCAGUCGAUGAGAUUGAAAAGUCCAUUAUUAACUCAACCGGUGUCCCACCGUCAGUCGCGCACUCUGCCCACCCAUUGGAGUCCAAUAACCAGAAUACUUCCCAGCAUCCAUUUGAGCACGCAUCUACAAAUGUCUCAUCUGCCCCCCAACGAUCAGUUACCUUUACAGAUGAUUAUUCUAGACGCAGUUAUUGUGAUCAGGAUUCAGUCCAUGAUGCGUCCUCAGUUCACCGCUUUUCGACCCCAACUCCAUCACGAUCAACACACUCAUAUAUGCAAUCGCCAGAAGAUGCGUUGAUUGGCAACACUGCAAUUAUGUACCAAGACUCACCUGCUAGAGCAUCUUUACCAAGUUUUGGUUCGAGGGUCAGAUCGCAUGAGUUUCCUUACUCACCCAUUCCUGAGCAUGUGUCCAAUCCCUCUUCGCAGCAUCUACUUCCAUCUGGUUAUGAUUUACAGUAUAAAAGUCCAGAUAAUAACGCAACAGCCCUAGAAAAAGAACUCAUUGACCAGUACAAUUCUACCCUAAGUGAGUAUAGGAGCCUCACACAAGCAAUCAAAGAUAAUUCUCGCAGCGUAAGCAAAUUAGCAUCUGAUUUAAAGGAAGAAAAAAGUAGCACACCUUAUACACUCGAGCAAGACUUCACUGACGAGUAUUUACCGGACGUGCGUCCAUUGUGCAUUCACUUUGCUGAGGAUAGCAUUAUUUACAACAAUCCGGCAAUGAAGUGGGCUGUUAACGGCGUGCCAAUAUAUGAGCGUCCAAAGUACAAUGCAACCAUGUUCUGGAGAGUUCUAAAUGAUUCGUUUCUGCUGGGUGGUUCUCCGUUCUUUCCCCCUUACCUAGAAUCUCAUCGUGGGGUGAACACCACAGGGGGAAUUUGCUACCUUACAGGCUCCGUUACUGUGGAAAAUAACGCCAAUCAGAGUGGAUUUAUGAACUCUCUUUUGCAGUCAGAGACUCUUCGUAACACUAACGUUUUAGAUGCAGCAGAGGAUCUACACUAUCUUUAUUACUCUCUUUCUUUUGUUACAUUCGAUCCCAGCAUAUUGAGGAUGCGCCUUAGCAUUAAGGCUGAUAGGCCGCUAACAGGGCGCUUGUCCCCUGGGGAGCAACAUACAAUAGAGAUAACAAUUGCAAUUGCUUAUUCCGACGUUAGCGGAACAGAUCUACCAGAAAUACCCAUGUUCUUACAGUCUUUCAACAGAGGCUCAGAUAGAAUGAGUGUAACAGAUUCUGGGGCAUCUCUUUUCUUGCGUGUCUUUGGUGCUCGGUUUGACCGACAGUUCUUUCAAGAUGAACUAGAGAGCCUUGAUACACUCCAAAAUACGAUUAGGACACCAUCCCGCUUCAGUAUCCGUGAGUGCAUAGAUUUGCCUGUACGCUUUCUCGAUGGCAUUGUCUGUGAUCGAAAUGUAGCUGUUAAUCCUGUUAAUCUGCAGGAGCAUAAGGUUGAGAUUCAAUGUAGUAGAAAAGGUGCUAUGGCUAGUUAUCCUGACUAUACAUAUGCGGGAUCACGGUGCACAAAUAGUGAGAACAAUACUCAGUGCUUCAAUCUUCCUUUUCUGCGCUUCCUAGCAUCAAUCCCGUUAAUAAAAGUGGAGGAAGGGCAAUCCGUGACGUUUCCAGAACUGUUGUUACAUUUACCUGAUGUGGAUGUCUAUGCGCAGAGAGAAAGACGCCAACAGCAAGCAUUAGUAUCGGAACACCUUGCCUAUGCACGGAAUUCUUUAGCCUCGAGGCCAGGGGCAGAUGUCUUGUUUCUUUCUGGAAGAUCAUCUAGUUCUAAGCAACGUAAGCAUGCAAUUGAUGCAAUGUGUGCACAACUUUCCAGUUCUCAGUCUUUGCAAAAACCCAUAUUCAAAGGAGACGUUCUUUCAGCUGCACAAUCUGUUCCAGUCAUCAUGCCUACAAGGUUACCACCUGGUGGAGGAGCUCAUAUCAAUAAACAGGUCAGCAUUUCUGUCACUCCAGCUAGCACACCUAUUCUUAGUGAGUACGUUAGAGAAUCGAUUGCUGACUUGCCCCAAUAUGAUUCUGGUAGGGCUCCAGCUCCCAUUCUUACGUCAGCGUUCGAAUGCUUUAUCACCGCGUUGCAUACCACUAACGAGACGCCCUACUAUCUUCAUAGACAUGGACAGCUACCUCCUGGAUACUCCCUUGCUUCUGAAGUAGAAUCUUCCAAGACAAACAUCAUUCUUUCACUGAAGGAUUUGGACAAAUACUCCAAUGUCACUAAGUCAACCCGAGAUUCAACAGAGUAUCCCAUUGCAACCAUUACAUUUGUUGUCAAAUUCACUAGAAAACUCAUUAAAAGAUUACUAAGAACGCUUUCUUCUUGCGAAAACUUGCCGUGCUUCCUUGAACAGAAGUACGAGAUCAAUAUUAAUAAUCUUGCCCAUCCUAACGCUUCCUCAGUGAGUUACCAGAUCCUACUACGUAUUCCACUGCAAAUAGACCCAUCCAGUUUGGUAUUUCUGAAAAGUGCAAGCCAAGUAACCCGUGUGGAUCGUCUAAUGGGAAGUUCGGCCCCACAAUACAAUACUCAGUCAACCAACGGUGCCGCUAUGCUCAUCUCAAAUUGUGCAAUGAACGUUAAAGCAGAAAACGUCAAUGGCUUUCUUGACGGUCUUUGGACAGAUAGUUACUUUGUCAACCUUCCUCCAUCCUUUGCUGGUGCAAAAUCCUUUAGUUCUAUAUCCCUUCAUAAUGCUUCUGAUUAUCCUGUAAUAGCUGUUCUUUCUGGCUUAGCUCUUCCAUUCAGCUACAGGACUACUUGUCGACUGGAGCCGUUGUCUAGCCUCUUGGUGCCAAUCAACUUUGCGCCCAAACGCCCAGGCCAGUAUAAUGGAACCUUGACCAUCUCAUAUAGCCAAGUUAUUCCAGACGAAAAGCAGGAAGCGCUUCUACUUCAGAAGCGUAUGCUUGACAGGGGAUUUGGGACGAAGCAUGCGUUUUCUAAAUCGCACUACCUUGAGCUAGACGCUCUUGAACGUCUAGCAACCACGUCACCUUCUCUGUCGACAAGACCAAAGAGUGCGAAUAUGUGGGAUAAUAUGGUGGCGAAGCCUGCUGGAACAAAAUGCAAGGAGCGAGCGAAAUCAAGCAAGACAAUCUCUCGUAACGGAUUAUCACACAUGAAACAGUUAGCAUAUGGUGACACCAAGCUAAUACCAGAGUGCAGCCGCUCGCAGAUAAUACCUCCUGGUCCCAAAAAGGCAUUCUAUGUCAAAUUAUCUGGGCUAGCACUGAAUACUCCACUAAUGGUGACUCAGCCACCUUCUCAACUAUAUAAUACGCACCCAGAAUAUGAGCCAGAGAUUCCAAAGGCCACAAUCAUAUAUCUGCAGAAAGGAACACGUACAGCCCGGAUUCUUCUGACCAAUGUCUCUGAUAGAGCAUUGCUUUAUGAUAUUCAAUUGCUAAUCCCUGGGGAUAGAGAUUCUCACGACGCUGCAUAUCACAUGCUAACCGUUAUGCCACCAAGCGGUUGCAUUGAGCCCAAGUGUCAGGCAGCUAUAUCCCUCCAUGGAGCAAAACAGUUUCACAACGAACUUUCCAUCGUGCUCAACAUCUACACUAAAUACAGGUCCGAUGGAGAUCUUAUGAUGGCUCUGUCUUACCGUGGACUUGUUAAGAUGCACGCGUAA